GAGUAUUCACAUACUACAGUCAGCUGUUAGAUGCACCUUUCGGCUGCAGAAGUCGUUUUUAAUCUGCUUUUUAAACCGCCAGCGGUCGACGCAGACACCCCCCGUGAGAGCUCAGCCUUUUCCUCAUCAUGGUGGAGCCCACAGCAUCUGGCGUGUUCUGUAACAGGAUGCUGAGCAUGGUCAACUCUGAGGAUGUUAACGCCAUCAUCCAGGCUCAGAGACACAUGCUUGACCGCUUUGAGAAAACCAAUGAAAUGCUGAUCAACUUCAACGGGCUGUCGAAUGUACGACUGCAACAGAUGAACGAGCGCUUCCUACUCCACACUCGCACCCUUGUGGAAAUGAAGAAAGAUCUGGACAGUGUCUUCAGGAGGAUUAGGACACUAAAAGGAAAGAUUGCGAAGCAGUACCCAGAAGCUUUCAGCAAUAUCCAUGAGUCACCCAUCCUGGAGGACGAUGAUGAUGACUUCGACCCAGUUCCCCCCAGUACUGCCACAACAAUUACAACAGCUAUGUCAGAGCAGAGCACAGAGUCCUGCGACACAAGUCCAGAUGUGAUCUCACCCACCGUCAGCAGAUGCUCCGAUGAUCUCUCUCAAGAGGUGCCGGACACGCCCACCUCCGACGUCCUAGAGACAGCUGUCCUACAGGACGAGGGUCCGGACUCUGUACCUGCAGAAUAGAGCGAGCAGUAUGUGAAUGAAGCUUCAACCUUAAAACUAUUUUAGCAAGAGGUCAUGUUGUAUAUUUGAGUUUGUGUGGGCCUCUACAGAAUCUGCUGACCUUUCCAGUCAUUAAUCUCUUUUUUUGGGAAGAGCGUCACAACCUUGAUGUUAGCUGUGUCUAUGAACUGUCUAUGAGGAUGCUGGACACUUUGUCAGCAUUCUUGUUUGUCCUUUGCCUCUACAGCACUAAAAUAAUGCAGAUAAUACUUGAAGUUGUAUAGUAUAUCACUAUAGAUGUGUGUCUAUAGCACUGACAGCAAACCUGAGCAAAAUCCUUCACUCACUAUGUGAUUAUUAGCGUUGUUGUUGUUGUUGUUGUUUUGAAGAAAUGCACAAAGAUAGAAGUCUC